UAUAAAUUGUUUACUAUUCGUGUAAUAUAUAAAAAUGUGUGCAUGUAACAUAACACACACACAUACACACAUAUACUUACAUACUUACGUUCGUAUACACAUAUUCAGAUAUCUAUAAAGAUAUGACGUUCUAACGUUUCAUUACAUAUAACCGGAUACGUAUAAUCAUUGGUAAGCUCCAGACAUCUUCGCAUUUCAUAAUUGGUCAUUGUCUAGCGCGAGAAAGAACACCAAACGACAAAAUCACAUUGUCCAUCGCGAAACGUUUGACUCUUAUAUAGAUUUGCCGGGUACCACGAGUUCGUUUUACCAGUCGGCCAUCUUCGUUGAGAUUCGGCAACGUUCGGUACACGAUGCGCUCGAGCGGCUCUUUAGCCUUCAGUAUAUCAACAUCUGUUGUAGUAGUAAGUGGGUUGGAGUAGGUUUUUUCGAUUCUUUUAUAAUAUUAUAUAUUUCCUUCAAAAACGAUGUGAAAUCUAUUAAAACUGAUCGUGUCCUUUAUAUGAAGUCUAUUUUAAUAAAAAUUUUAUUUAUAUUUAUACACGACGUAGCCAUUCGUCCGAGUUCUGUUUUUUUUUUUGUAUAUAUAUGUAUACGUGGAAACGCGUGAAAGAGAGAAGCGAAUUCGCGGAUGCCAUGAAGACACACGAUUCAUCGUUGGAGCCUGUGACCAUUGGGUUCAAGGUAUGUUUCGAUCGUGGAUCGAGGACGCAGAAGAAUUAUCGAGCCUAAUGUCCGUAUGGUCGACGAGCACUGGACGCAAUUCAGUGUUUGGUGGCGAGAACGGAGCCGGACUCCCCUCCUCCCACUUACCUAUCCACGUAAACGUGGGUCAUUUACAUACACGAAACGCUAAUGAGCAUUGCUAUCACAAGAGAUUCUACGAUUUUCAGUCGAAGAUGUCGCAGUCGGGUGAUGGCCUUCACACACCAGGUUAUCUCUCAUGGAGAAAAUUGCAGCUGAGCAGAGCAAAAUUGAAGGCGUCCAGCAAAACCUCGGCAUUGCUCUCGGGUUUCGCUAUGGUUGCUAUGGUGGAGGUACAACUAAACUCUGAUACAAAAGUUCCUUCGGAGAUGUUAAUUGCUUUUGCAGUUUGUACGACGUUACUAGUGGCUGUUCACAUGUUGGCGUUGAUGAUAUCAACGUGUAUUCUACCGAAUAUCGAAGCGGUCUGUAACUUACACAGCAUAAGUCUUGUACACGAAUCGCCACACGAACGUCUCCAUUGGUACAUCGAGGUAGCAUGGGCGUUCUCCACUUUACUUGGUUUACUUCUAUUUCUAUUAGAGAUAGCGAUUCUCUGUUGGGUAAAGUUCUACGAUUUUUCUCAGGUUGCCGCAUGGUCGGCCUGUAUAGUGUUAAUACCAGUAUUGAUAAUCUUCCUCGCUUUUGCGAUACACUUUUAUCGUAGUUUGGUAGCUCAUAAAUACGAAGUUACUGUAUCCGGUAUAAGGGAACUCGAAUUGCUCAAAGAGCAGAUCGAAUCAACAGAUACCGAAGGUAGAAACGGUAUAAACUUAUUACAAUCCGGUGUAACACACGUUGUGUGAUAUCGAGUACUUCGACUUUGAAGAAAAUACCAUUGAGAAGCGUCUGUGACGCGGAAAGGAUUUCAUCGAUUUUUUACAAUCAUUUUCUCUCCCUUUAUCCAAUUACAUUUUUUUACUGAGCGUUAACGUAGAUCAGAAUCGUACAUAUAUGUAUAUACUAAUUAUUGUUUUUAAGAAUAACGAAAGUAACCAACUCUUUCAACUUCUUUUAUUAUUUUCGAGUUUUUGGGACUAUGUAUGUGAAAUAUCCAUAAUCUUCCUGGAAUGUGAGUUUGGUGGGAGAACUUUAGGGAAAUAACAAAUAAUUACGUACGUAUGUAAAUGUGUUUCACUAGAUACUUGAAAUCCUAUAAAAAUUUUUUAUAUGAAUUUUUGUGAUUUUUUGAAAAACGCUUAUAGAAUAAUUUACUUUAUUAAAUAAUCAAAAUGAUUUAAUUAACAUGACAUUUAUGCGAAGGGUACGAACAAAAUUUCCUAUUAUUAUUACUAUUAUAUGGUGUUUAUAAAUGAUAAAGAUAUGAAAAGAUAUUGUAACUUCUUUACCUUUUAGAUUUCUCUCGUCUCUUUUCGCAUAUAUAACUUUUAGAGAAGUGGCGCUGCUGAGCCAUCGACAAGCGCAACAUUUUUAUAAUCGUAAGUUGGCAAUGAGGUUUGGAUUUGACGUGUGUGUGUAUUAUAAUUAUUUGCAAAACGCUGAUUGGUCAAGAAUAUAUCAAACAAGAAAGGAAUUUUAAUAACAAUUAUUUUUAAACGAUUUAAACUUUAUAAAUUAAUUUAUAACAAAAUGUCUCAUUAUUGUAUUCAUUUGACGUUCCUUGAUAAACAUUCAUAUAAGAAUAAUAAAUUACAUCACAUUUAGCGUA